GCGUCGUUAGCCACACGGGCCCGGUUUCUGUUCGUGUGGGAAGAGCUUCCAGCGUGGCAGCGUCUCGUGAUGGGGGCACAAGACGAGGGUAGCCGGCGGCCGCCGCCGCCAGAGCCCACCCCUGGCCAGCCCGCCGCAACCGCGGGCACGGCGCCGCCGCCCAUCACCCCAGCCCAGUUCCUCUCCUGGAAGCAGCGGAAGGAUGCAGAAGAAGCUGCAGAGAAAGCUGAAGCGGCUCAGAAGCGAGCCGCGGAUAUAGCUUCAGGAGCAGUUCAGAUGAAUGGCCGAGAGUUGUUCCAGCAUGAACCCUGGGUGUUUGACAACAACAUUUACUGAGACAACUAAAUCCUGCAGAAACACACAGAGCAUGCAUGUAUGCCAUGUUCACUGUCAGAAUCCCACACCAUAAGAGUUUGUACAAGCCGUUUGAGCUCUGUUUUAUGGAACCCGUACAUUGUUUUGCUACUGAUAAAUGGGAACAAAGACAGUUCUCUACAAUGUUUUUUUUCAUACUUUUCACAUUUCAGAGUAUCCAGAUUUCGUGGAAUGCUGAAUAUAGUGUAUCAUCCCGCUAUAGCUCUUUCUCUCCCUGUUUAAGGGCUUGCGGCUAUGAUUACUUUUCUCUGUGCCUCGAGAUAGCUGCA